AUGUCCAACAGCGGCCCUAGCGGGGUCCACCCGGUACUGACCCUCAUCAACCGCUGUGACGAGCUAGCUCGCAACUUCGACUCCACAUUCGAAGAAUCAUGUAUACUCCUCACCAACCUCGCCAACAACACUCCCGCUCCGGGUCAACCGACGACGAUGGACGACACACUAAUGUCUCUCCGCAAAACACUAGAGAAGUGUGAAGAGAUAGUAGGAGCAAUGUUGAACUGUAUCUAUGAAGAUAUCCCCCACUUGCUCGAUCAGUUGGAUUCAGGAGAGAAUGUCGGGGUGGGAAAUUGGAACCCUAAACAAGCUUUGGAUGGGAUAUCUCAGUUGUUCUACUCAUAUCAAGAGUUGUUGCUGGAGAAGAGGGAGUUGUUGGCAGAUUUCACUUGCGAAGAGAUCGACACUGCCACUUUUGUCAAAGGUUGGAUUCAGAUCGAUGUCAAUCUUGCGUCCCAGAGGAAACAGCAGGUUGAUGACUUGGCCGAUCUGUUAGCCGCUUUCUAG